AUGGUAAAGCUGAUUAGUCACCUUUGCGAUCUCAUAUUUAAGCUCGAUAUUGGCCCACGCAGUGAAGUUUAUGUGGAAGCUAUUCGGCAUUGGACUCUGGAUGUGGAGUGCAAACUUAAAGAUAAACCAGAAGCCCUCAGAUACUCAUGUCGUCAGUUCCCUGGCCCAGUCGUUCCCGGUAAUGCGCAGUACAAGAUCACUAAUGGUAGAGUUGUUAUAAAGCUUCCGAAGGCUGAUCCUUCACAAUCCUGGGCUGGUGAAUUGACUGUGAAAGGCCUCGAUCAAUCCUCUUAG